AUGUGUGAAGGGCCAUCCAGGAUUUCUGGACCCAUUCCUCCAGACCCUACACUUUAUCCAGACUAUUACAAACGCUCCUUCUCAGCUCGAGGGAGGCUGGAAGGGAAUGCUCAGAAGCUGGAUUUUACUUCUGGCCCCCUGGACCCAGUUCCCAAAUCAUACUCUGCUUUGGGCAGUACCCGCCAGGUCCAGCCAGCCCCUCGCAUUCGCUCCAGUGGAAAGGACUUCCUGGAGAAGGGACAGAAGGGGACACUCAGUCUCUUACUGCAGCUCGAAGGGAUCUCCCUUGACGGGGGGCUGCCAGUCAAGAGUAAGCGAAUAAAGGAGAUUCAGAAGAAGUGCAAAGAGAAAGAGCAAGCCCAAGAGCACAGCCAGGCCAAGCCUGUGAAAGCUCUGUGGAAAUCCCGGAAAUAUGAAAACGUGGAGUCAAAGGUGAAGGCCAAACUGCAGGAGAGCUCCCCACCUCUAAAUCCAGAGGCUCUGAAAUUCCUGAGGGCAUAUUCUCGCUGUGGCCCUGGGAUCAAGCCAUGCAGACCACUCUCCCCAAGGCCUGCUGGAACAAAAGCAGGGGCAGACACAGAGGCUCCAGAGGCAUGGGAUGCUGAAACCAAGAUCCAGGUGGAGGGCAAGAACAUUGACUUCAUUAAGCACAAUGCCCGCAACGCCAAGCGGGCCCCGCUGCGGCGCUCCCAGUCCCUGCAGGCGCUGGCCGAGCUGCUGGAACAGAAGCACCGGGAGCAGGAGGAGUACAAUGCCAAGCAAAAGGGCCAUGUCCCCCAGUACCUGCUGGAGAGGAAGGAGCUGUGGCGCAGACAGAUGGAGGAGCGGCUGCGAAACCUGCCAGAUCCCAACACGCCACCUGGUCAUACCAUGAUGCCGGAGGCCCAGCGGCUGGAGACCCUCGGCAAUCUGAAGCAGAGCCAGGAGCUGCUGGUAAGGGACCUGGUGAUGCUGCCGGUGCGCGCAGACACCCUCAGCGUGCAGAAGAGGCGGGUAGAGCUAGAGGGGAAGCUCUCCCAGAUAGAAGAGGCCAUCAAAAUUUUCUCGAGGCCCAAGGUCUUCAUCAAGCUGGAUUCCUGA